AUGUUUCGAGAAUUCUCUGCUCCUAAUUAGUAUUUUAACCAAGCUCAAUAAAAUCCAUUUAAAAAUGCUGGAAUGUAAACUAUAGAUUUUUAUGGAAAUAUUGGAUAUCCAAAACCAGAUUACCCAGUUUUAAUGUAAUAAUAAUACUAUGACAAUUAUCAAUACAACAAAAUGUUUUCAUCGUAAGUUUUUACUCCUCAUGUUCAGCCUAUAUUUAUUGCAGGUCCUAUUUAUAAGAAUUAACCUGUUUUUUAAGGUCCUUAAUAUUUAAGUUAGAGCUUAUUCCAACCAAUCGAAAAGAAUAAGUUUUAUAAGUAUAAUUAACCAGAUGAAAUUAUUGAAAAUUAAAAUAGUUUAAAUUUACAAUCAAAACAACAAUUAGAAGAAAAUAUCAAGAUAAGGAAUGAAAUUUUAAAUUAAUGGAAUUUUGAAGAAGAAUAGAAAUAAAAAAGUUCUCAUUCUUAAAGUGAAUAUGAAUAUGUAUAAGAAACUUAAAAUAAAAGAAAGAGUCAAAAUGAUAAUGAUAAAAAAAGGAGAUAUUAAUAACAUAAUUAAGAAGAAGAAAAACCCCCUGUUGAGAAAAAGCAUUCUUAAAAGAAGAGUGCUCAUUCCUUAAAAUCUUUGGAGGGGGAUAAACCAAAAUAACCUUAAAGUCUUCCAUCAAUCAAAGAAGAAGCAGAAUAACCAAAAACCAUUUUUACUAAGAAAAAUGAAAUUUAAUAAACUAAAUCAAGGAAAAGAGGAAAGAGGAAUUUAAAAAUUAUAUUAAAGGCUUUGACAUUUCUUCUUAUGUAUUUCUUAGAAAUGAAAAGAUAAAUAUUAAAAAGAAAAAAACUCUAAGCAAAUAAAGAAAACAGUUUAGAAAUUGUAAAUUAAGCAAUGCAAGAAGGUGCUGAUUGGAUAUUAAAUUUUGCUGAAAAUGAUUUAAAUGUAUUUUGGAGUAAAAAAGAGUCAUUAAAUUGGCUAGAAAAUGAUUAAUUAUCAGAUAAGGAGAAGAUAAACAGAAUCAAUAAAGUCAAAUUGUUUAUCUAAAAGCUUUCUAUUAUUCUAUCUGAAAAUAUGAAAGAAUCUAGUUUUAAACCAGAAUUUUUCUCAUUUCUAGCCUAACUAACUUAAAAUUUUUAAUUUCCUCCAGAUUAAUAUUUUUUUAAUUUCGAAGUCUCUAGAUUAGAAUUCAAUUCUUUUGGUGCUAUUAAGAAUAUAAAAGUGCCAUAAUAAAAAAUGGUUUUGGCAUUCUUUAUAAUGAUAAGAUUAUUGGGGUUCACAAUUUUAUAUGCACCUUGGACUUUAGGAGUAAGCAAUAUUAAAAAAAGUUCUAUUUUAGAAUCUAAUUCUUUAAUCAUUGUUUCUGUUCUAUAAGAAUUAGUACUAAGUGAGUUUAGAGAAAUUAAAGUUUUAGAGAAUAAUUAGAAUCAUCUGAGUAAUGAAUUAAAAAUAAAUGCUCGACCUCAAGGUCCUCUUAAAGUAAAUAUUAAAUAAAAUAAUAUUAAGAUAAUACCUGAUCCUAAGUCUUAACAAGAAAAAAUGUUUUUAAAAACAACGCUUGAACCAUUAAUAUAUCCAACAUAUAAAAGGGAAGAAAUGAAAGAUUUAUUUGAGAAAUAAAUUGAAGUAUGUUUUUAACAAUUAUAUUAGUGGGUUGACAAAACAAUGACUACAUUUGAUGAUAUAUAUACAUAAUUAGUAAAAAUGACAAACUCUUGGCAUAAAAAUAAUAAGGUUUCUAUUACCGCUGGGUUGAAAUAGAAAAAAAAAUAAAGAUACUGA